AUGCCUCGGAAUCGGAUUAAUUUUAUGGAUAAACGACUGGAACUUGGAAACGGAAUCAAAUUGGGAUCUUGGAAUGUAAGAACCUUGAACAAACCAGGAGCGCUGCAAUGUGUCCUGAAUGUGGCAGAGGCAUACGAAAUACAAAUAUUAGCACUCCAAGAAAUUAGAUGGCUAAACAAGGGGUCCCUAAAAAAGGAGAACUUGACCCUUUUCUAUAGUAGCUUAGAAAACAAAAAACACGAAAACGGCGUUGGGAUUAUGAUUCACGAUAGUAUACUACCGCAAGUAAAAAUCUUUAAAGCAAUUAACAAUAGACUAUGUUGCAUCAUUUUAAAAGGAAGAAUAUUCAACAUUGGAAUUAUAUGCUGCUAUGGACCAACUGAGGAUGGACAGGAUGAAAAGAAAGAGGAAUUUAUGGAAGAACUCGACAGAGCAUAUGAUGAUAUUCCGAGACACUGCAUAAAGGUGCUACUAGGUGACUUUAAUGCCAAAAUAGGAAGAGAAGGGACAUAUAAACCUACCAUAGGCUCUGAAAGCCUCCACCACAUCAAUAACGACAAUGGAACUAGGCUAAUAAAUAUGGCAAUCGCGAAAGAUCUGAUUAUCAGCAGUACAUACUUCCCCCGAAAAGACAUACACAAACAAACAUGGAUAUCUCCAGAUGGACACACCAAAAAUCAAAUAAACUAUGUAUUAAUAGAUAAAAAACACAAAGGAUGCAUUAAUAACGUAAGGAGCUAUAGAGGCGCAGAUGCCGACUCUGACCAUUAUCUAUUAAUAAUACAGUUCAAGCUAAAACUAUCAUGUAGAUGGAGGAGAAAAAACACGGAAACUAAACGAUUCGACAUAGGAAAACUCAAAAACAAAGAAGUAGCCAAAAAAUACGAACAUUUAAUUCAGAGCAAAUUAGCACAAAACACAGGCAUACAUGGGGAAAAUGAGGUUGAAAACCAAUGGAGUAGAGUAACACAAGCAAUAAAGGAAUGCGCCACAGACAUGGUCGGAUGGACAGAGAAAACAAUGAGAAAAGACUGGUUUAUGACAAAUGCCGAGAAUCAAUAG